GGCGGCGGCUCCGCUCCUCCUGACCCGCAUUCACCCGUGCUGUUAAGGCAGGGGGAGGACCGAGCACGGGAGGGUAAUAAACGCCGCGGCGCUCCCCUGCAGACCGUGGCCAUGGCUUUGGGUGUCCCGGGCAGACACGGCGCCCCCGUCUCCACGCACCUGGUAGCGGACUGAAGAGGGGCCACCGCCGGGGGAGGCGCUAGCUGCGCCGCUUGACACGAGCUGUACUUUCAGAUUUCCUGGGUUACAGCUGGUGACCGGGGGUGAGCAACAGAGCAGUGUGCCCAGAUGGUAGGAAGGAAAAGCAAAGUCCUGCACAGCACGCCGACGGUAAAGGUUCCUCUACCUCAACGCCUGCAUCGCGCCAGUUCAACGUGCAUGUCCCGAGAGGCGGGCGAGGAGGAAAACUCUCCCGCGGCCGUAACUGGCUGUAAGACUGGAAGGAGUAUCUGCCCCCGGAGAGCGGGAACCAGGCCUACACAAAUGACACGGGAAGCGCUCUCUCAGCUCCCGUCGGUCACAGGUGUUUUCCCCCAGUAACCCGAGUUUCUCGACUGGAAAGCAACUGUACAUCUUAUUUCGAUGAAGACACUCUGCCAUCAGGUGACUGCGUCAAUGAAGAAGACUGGCCUCCGUCUUCAUAGCACCAGGUGAAGCCCCUGAAGAAACCUACUUGUACGUGUUAAGAGGCAGAGCCAAGCAUCGACUUUUUCAAAUGGAGACUGGCAAACCACCAGCAUUCUUUUUUUUCAAAGACAUAAGAUAGAAAAAUAUACUCAAGAUUGAUACAGCACAGCUUUACCUCCCACCAUCCUCUCCUCUUUCUCUGGUCUAAUCAGAGAAAACCUCUUCAGCUGUCUACCUCCCAGAGAACUAGAAAAAAAGAAAUAGAAACCGUAAUUUAUUAUUUGUUAUCAGUUGCUCUUUUACUUCUCUUUGUGCAACAUUUCUGCAUUUACCUCAGGGAUUUUCUCCCACUACCUACCUCCUCCACUGAAACAGCCAACCCAGUGACUGGAAGACAGAGCAAAAACACACCUGUGACCUCUCACUGCUGUUACCGUGACAACCUGUAUUGCCUCUCAAGCUCUCCCCACUGCAACCGUGACGACCAGCAAUGACCUUGGACCUCUUACCACCUGCCAGCUCAGAGCUGCUCACUGCCUAAAUUGUACUGAUCCACACUUGUAGCCUGGACCUUGGGCUAGUUAUUACUGAAAGGAAAAGGGUCAUAUUGCCAGAAAGGCAGCUAAAGACUCUCACUCGACUCACCCCUCUAUAUGAUAUACCUGGCAACUAUUUACCUCAGUAGACACACCUUUUAGAUAGACACUCAGUCAAGGGAACUUUUCAGUGACAGCGUUCACUCUCCUGACGCUGAGUCUUGCCCAGCAGGUAACACAUGCUAAAUAGCCUGGCGCUUCAAUCUAACCCGUAGCCAACUCACUCCAGCAUCUUCCAUUUGCCUUGGAGGCAGGACUAUAGCAACAGUAGCCAGGGAGGCCUCCAGAGAAGCAGAGAGAGAGACUCAGGAGUACAACCUGUCACGCAACUUCACUUCAUUUGCUUCUCAGCAAAGUCGCCAUCAUUCAUGAGCCUCGUGCUAUGAGCAGUAGCAUAAAUCAGCAUUUGCCCUAGAGCCCUUCAGAGAUCACAGAAGAGACUCAGAAGUUCCCCUUGCUUUGAGCUUCCUCUUCACCCUGUGAAACCUCUAAAGAAGUAAAGCUACCCAUGGAGCAGGAGAAGUUCUGGGAUCGUCAUCAGCUUCUCUUGCUCAGGAGGUAAAACCACAAAGGAUAGAAAAACCUCCUGGCAGAUUUAACUCCGAUUACUACAAACCUUGGAAAAGUAAAAGGAGUAAACACAGAGAAGAUCCAUAUUGUGUGACAGUGAAGAGAAGAAGACAGAAAAAAGCAUAAAGUAAAGAGAAGAAUGCAGCGAUGAUACAGAGUGGAGACAGACGGGGUAUUAAGAGACAUGGAAGGAGCACAGUGCAGUAAAGCUUUCCAUUGCUCCCACUGACAUCCGGCCCACCAUGCUCCUCCCAGCCAAUCCCUGCCCAGAUUCUCAGAUGGCUGUCUAUUGAAGGGGCCGCCAGCGAAUGCUGAGCAGGCGGGCAAGGUCAGGGUCCGCCUCAUUGUCCUCUGAUUGGCCACUGGGUGGUACUGAGGUUGAAUGGAGCCAAUGUCCAUCAAGCAGGAUAGCAACUCCUCAGAGGGGGACGAGAAAGGGUGGCCAGAUGUGCCAAAGAGAAAGAGGAAGAACAGCCAGUGUUCGGUGAAGAGUAUGUCUGCUCUUAGCGUCUCUGUUCCAGGGUACAUCCCUAGCUACCUGGAGAAGGAUGAGCCAUGUGUGGUGUGCGGGGACAAGGCGACUGGCUACCACUACCGCUGCAUCACCUGCGAGGGUUGCAAGGGUUUCUUCCGCAGGACCAUCCAGAAGAACCUCCAUCCAUCUUACUCCUGUAAAUAUGAAGGCUGCUGCAUCAUUGACAAGAUCACCCGCAACCAGUGCCAGCUGUGCCGUUUUAAGAAGUGCAUCUCUGUGGGCAUGGCCAUGGACUUGGUGUUAGACGAGACGAAGCGUGUGGCCAAGCGGCGUCUGAUUGAAGAGAAUCGAGAGAAAAGGAAGAGGGAGGAGAUGGUGCGUACGCUGCAAGUGAGGCCAGAGCCCAACACCGCAGAGUGGGAGCUGAUCAGGAUGGCAACUGAGGCUCACCGGCACACCAAUGCCCAGGGCUCCAGCUGGAAACAGAAGCGCAAGUUCCUGUCAGAUGAUAUCGGCCAGGGUCCUAUGGUUCCCACCUCUGACGGCGAUAAAGUGGACCUUGAAGCCUUCAGCGAGUUCACCAAGAUCAUGACCCCCGCCAUAACGCGUGUCGUCGACUUUGCCAAGAAAUUGCCCAUGUUCUCAGAGCUGCCUUGUGAAGACCAGAUCAUCUUGCUGAAGGGCUGCUGCAUGGAGAUCAUGUCGCUGCGCGCUGCUGUACGCUACGAUCCAGACAGCGAGACGCUGACGCUAAACGGCGAGAUGGCGGUGAAACGUGAGCAGCUGAAAAACGGCGGGUUGGGCGUGGUGUCGGACGCCAUCUUUGAUUUGGGCAAGAGCCUGGCUCAGUUUAACCUGGAUGACUCGGAGGUUGCACUUAUGCAGGCCGUGCUGCUCAUGAGCUCAGACCGUUCAGGGCUGACCAGUGUGGAGAAAAUCGAGCAGUGCCAGGAAGCCUACCUGCUGGCGUUCGAGCACUACAUCAACUACCGCAAGCACAACAUUCCCCACUUCUGGCCCAAGCUGCUGAUGAAGGUGACGGACCUGCGCAUGAUCGGGGCUUGCCACGCCAGCCGCUUCCUCCACAUGAAGGUGGAGUGUCCCAACGAACUCUUUCCGCCGCUCUUCCUGGAGGUCUUUGAGGACCAGGAAGUGUAACUUUACAGCACCCACUAAAAGCAGCCCGGACGCAGAAGGCAAGAAUUUUGGGGUGGCUUUGGUGGCAGAGGAGGUGUGUUGGACGGACGAGUGGAGAAUAAAAAACAGAAUUUUUCUUUUUUUUUCAUCAGUGGGAUCAUGCCCUGUAAACUUGGUUGUUUUUUUGCUUUUGUUUUUUUGUCCCUUUUUUUUAUCAAAUACCCACAAGACCAACCACCUGCCACCAGCAAACACACACAUCGACAUCACCAGAGAGAAACACACUGACAAUCUCACUCUGCUCUUUGUCUGAGGUACACACACACACACACACACACACACACACAGAGUAGCACAUUGUGAACAUCUAUAGAUAAUCACAGAUUUAAAUUCCAAACAUACUGCUGGGAACGUACAGUAUAUCUAUAUGCAAACGCAAAUCUCAUCAAUUAACUCCUCUUGCACCUGUAAGGACAAACAGCUGCACUCUGCUCCUGCAACUAAUGCAAACUGAGGAGCUUGGUUACGGCUCUACUCCCUCCACAACCACCUCUCACCUCUGAAAAGUGUCGUUUUUUUACCUCUGCAGACAGCCCCCACCCCUUCCACACACCCACCUCCCUUGCAUCUCUUUAAGUGUAAUGGCGACCGACCUCCAUCUGCGCGUGCAGUCCUCCCCUCAGUCGGCUGAGGCCCUGUGAGUGUUUGUCAACCUACCUCCCUCACGUACUGACCUCUCUAUCUGUCUCUGUCUCGACUACACACACACACACACACACACACACUUACAAAGAAUACGUGCACAAAACGCACCCCUGUACUUUUACCUCAUACCGUGUAAAGUGGUUUUCCUCAUUUAUUGUGUGGGCAGUGGUAGUCUAAUGAGAAACCACGCUCACUUUUCCAUUUAACUCUGCUAACGUUACAAGUUACAGUGGGGACACUUUGUAUUAAGUCCUUAUCCAUAAUGUAUUAUUUACACACACUUACCUGUGUGACACAGCAGUUGCUGUGUGCAUAACCAUGCCUUAUAUAUGAAACAUUAUAGGUGUGUUAAUAAUAAAUUUGAGCUUAUAAGAUGGUAUGAACAUCAUGAUGCUUUCUGUGAACAUACUGAGUAGGGAGUGUGAUUAUGGAGGUCCUUAUCUGGGUGUUUUGAUAUCUAGGAGUUUUGGAGCUUUGUGUCAUUAUAUAUUAAGUUCUUGUUUGUUGCUUCAGCAAGAGUUCGACAUUUCAACGUCAGCAUUUCGACAUUUGUGAAAAUACGUGUAUUCACUGUCUUGCCGAGAGUAGCCAGCAGCCAGUUAGGUUUGCUUGGCUAAAAAAGGGGGGUUGGAUUUUGUUACCUUUGCUACCGGUCUUUGUGCUAAGCUAUGCUAAUGUCUUCUGGCUAUGAGAGCUGUAUCAGUCUUCUCAUCGAACUCUCGGCAGGAAAGCAAAUAAGCAUAUUUUCCAAAAUGUCAAACGUGUCCAGAGGAAUAUAUUUCAACCACUCUUAGGUUAGUCGCUAUUAAGUCUCCCCUGAGGAUGAAUUGUCGUGUCUUUUGAUCCGGGCAAAAUGUCAGUUUCUCCAAUAUUUACUCCAGUACUGGUUUAUGACAAAACUCAUUUCCAUCAGCCUCGGCCGCGCUUAGUGUUUGGAACCAAUUGGCUAAUGUUAGCAUGCUAAGACAAACACAGUAAUCUAAACAUGGUGGACAUUGCAAACUACCUGCUAAACGAGCCAAAGUUAAGUUAAAACAAGUUCAAGUCAAAAUCCGUAUUUUCAUAUUAACAUUAGAUCACGUAACUACUUGCAUGUAAAAGGGGUCACUUGUAGGGAUAAUGCCAGAUGUUGGUAGAGACCAAUUCAGAGCUAAGAAAAGAGUGAUAAUUGAACCUACAUUUCCGAGUGCCCAAAAUCAUUACUAUCAACAAAUACAAAUGUUGUUAAGUAAAAGCUGGUGUGUAAGUAGACAACUGUUUGCAAGUGGCCAACAAAUCAGUUACUGCAGGAUUAAAAUUGCUAUUGUUAGCAUGAUAGCAUUUACUUCUGUGACUUUGUGUCGGGAUAGUCAAUAAUCAAUGUGUUUUACUAUAUAUAUAUAUGUAUGGAUACCCUUACUUUACUUGCAGUAGACUGUGACAGUUAAGAACAUUCCUCAUUCAGUAUGUUUAUAGAAAGCAGUCUUUAACUCAUUCAUGCAAAAGUGAGACUUGAACCUAGAAAAAUAAUAGGUGUUGUAUUGUUACGAUACACUAUGAGAAUUUUCAAAGUCAAGUGUUUUGUAGCUAUAGGCUACGAAGACAGUGUUUCCUUUACUUUCAUUUUACAGUGUCACCCACUGUACUUUAAAAAAAAUAGUUAAGUAAAUUCAUUAAAUUCAUAAAACUUCUAACUAAUUAUAAAAUCAUAAUACAUGACUUGAAAAAACGGAAAAACUGCAUCACGUUACUCAAACACUGACAAGUGAUGUAGGAUACGCUAUACUGCUCACAUACAGUAUAUGGAAAUAUAUAUAUGAAUAUUAUACUGUCACGAGAGAAAAGAAUAUAUGAAUCUAGAAUACCUCUCCGACACAUACCUCUUGUUUUCAUUACCUCACGCACACACACAUACAUAUUACACACACUCAUUCAGUUGUUUUUGAUGUAUUACCUCAGUUGUUUGUUGCUCAUCUCUUCCUCCUCCUAAAUAACCACUGGGCUGCACCACACUUCCUGCCUCCAUGUGUCUUCUCAUUGGAGCCCUGCCCUGUUAAUUGCACUGUAGCCCCGCCUCCUCACUUCCCUGCUGUCUCGUAAUAGGCUCAGUGCAGGCACGUGGUGGUGGUGGGAGGAGAUGUUGUCACAUACCUCUGCAGGCCUCCCCAGUCCCGCCAGAAACCGGCAGAUUCUACCUCACCUCUCAUCUUAGUGCCCAUCAUCAUCUCCAGCUGUAAAGAUCAUCCCCUCUGUCUGCAACACUAACGUGCAUGCACGCGCACACACACAUACACAUAUAUGUGUUAUAUAUAUAUAUAUAUAUAUAUAUAUAUGUGUGUGUGUGUGUGUGCGUGUGUGUACAUGUAUAUGAGUUGCCCGUGAGCGUGCUGCUCCACCAACAGCAGUGUCCGGCACGUCUUUUAAACGGGCCAUGGAUCAACACUUGACUACUGACGUGGCAGACUCUGUCAUUUUUGCCCCUUUUUCACUUUUUUUCAUCACACACCUCAUGUGACCAGCAGUCCCUUUGGAUUCGGUGUCUGUUUAGGAACCUGAAAUGACAAAGAAGGCGGCGUUGGACUUGUGACAUAGCAGUGUGCAGAUUGAACUUUAACAAAACUGUCAGGGGACAGCAACGGCUAGAAGCUGGGACUCAGGUGGAAGCCAUUUUGGCCCGAUUCGGUCGAGCUGACGCGCUAUGUGGGUGGUGACUGGGAGGUUGACGAACGUCAAGUGAGUCGGCAGUGUUGGCCUGUGGAUACGGUCGCAUCCCGGCCGAGGGGAGAGAGAAACGGCGAGCAAGCAGCUGCGGUGGGUAGCGAUGCGACUCAGGCAAGGCCAAUAGCCAACCACUACACAAAAAUGGACCCGUCUCCUCGCAUCUACAGUACGUCUUCAGAUCCCUCCCUCGCCGUCGCAGCAGAAAUGGACACCAAGCCAUUUAAAAGACUUUCUGAGCGACUGUCCUAUCCCAGAGACUUACAAUAUGAAUUGAACACUGCUGAAAUAAACUCCACCAACCGUAUCCCAACUUGCCAUCCACUACAAAUAACUAUCAGGUUUUUUUCUGUUGCACUAAAACCACAAUGUCUGUAUCCCUUUGUAGCCCUGAGCCCUGCCUUCAGCCCCUCCCCCCACAUCUUUCCUGUUCCUGCCUGUCUUUACCAGUCUUAAUAAUAUUCUCUCAAAUAUGUCUCUCACACACACACACACACACACACACACACACACGCACAUAGAAACACACACGGUCCAUUAUCUCAUCUCUUGAUUACCUGUUGAAACCAAUAAGGACUGUGACGUGGCCUUUAGCUGCCACCAUUCUCAGUGUUACUAAACUAUGUUGCAGGGUAUUUUGAAUAGAACCGUAAGCGCUGAUUAUACAGGGAUAUAAACGCACACAGCAGCAGCAGCAGCACACACACACACACACACGCAGCAAUAGGUCGAUCAAGCAGUACAGUUUCCAACCCACCGUGUCCAGGUCUGUUGUGUUUGUACUGUACUCCGCUUACUAUCACUGUGACUGACCGGGUCGUGGCUCAGACAAGGAACCGCUGGCACACGUUCAUGUGCCUCACAGAGGUCGGUAAUGCGAAUAUACACUAUACAGCAUAUAGAUAGCAUAUAUUUAUAGAUAUACAUAUAUAUAUAUAUAUACAUAAUUAUACCAUGGGAUCCAAAAGUCAGGGUACCGGGAAUUGGUCUGGGACUUUCGGACCCCACUGUAUAUAAACAUUACAGUUAUUGUAUGCGGCAUUAGAGUUAUCGGUGGCUGAAUUUAUGCUUCCAGCUCAAAUCAAAUCAUGAAUCAAAUCAUGAACCAGUCAUGUAGCAGAGGAUGCCAGAACUCAGUUUAGCCAGCUGUAUUAGUAUCUGUAAAAUCCUAUUUAUGAAUUGUUUUUAGCAGACGUGACAAUGUAUUACGAUGCGUGUUUGCCUUGUGGUGAUCACCAACUAACCUUCACAGUCUACCCACCUUUUGCAUACCUCUAGAAUACUGCAUAGAGCACAAGAAGCACCUUAAACAGAGAUAUGUUUGUCCUAUUUGGGGACUACAAAGAUGAGAUCACUUCUGGUCCACAUGGCUUCAUGAACUGAGAUUCAGAUUUGAGCUAGCAGCACAGCCUGUCUGUCUGUCUGUCUGUCUCUCUCUCUCGUUCUCUCUCAGCCAAAUGAUCACUGGAGAAAUCCUCCCCCUGUCCUUUAAAGAAAAACCACACCAGCACCACAGAGCACACUGCCUUCAGCCAUGAUCAGCUGCACCAGCAUAGCAGAGAGACAGACCAGUAGUCAGCGACCAUCCUCCUCACCAAAAAGCCAUUUUACCUGGACAUCAGUGAUAGCUAUCAUAACGCUAUGUUCAGACAGCAGGCAGACCCAGGUAGUUCUUUAAGCCUGAUCCAUUAGUAGUGUACAUUUUAAUUGGCUGGAUUGAAUGGUGGUUUGGUCCGUAUAUUCACUUGCUGUCUAAAAGGCCUUGGUUGUCGUAGGAGGCAACACACCCAGGCACACACGGCAAAUUAAUGGCACGGAGUGCUGUUUCUAACUUUUACGGCUUCAUUACCUCUGUGCACUGCGUUCAUGAGAGAAGAAGUUCUGAAACUUCCCUCUUCUAUUCCUAUAAGAUACAGUAUACUGUAUCUAAAUUCAUUAUAGAGAAAUGGAUUUGCUCUGCGUGUUUGGCAUGACCUGGGUGCUGGUACACAAGGUAAUUUUGCAGGCAAAGCCAAAUUGAAAUGCCUCCCAUUAAAAGAGCCACGGAGUCAAAAACCACUUUCUCUCGUGACAGUAAAGCACAGCAACAGCCGAGCCGCUUCAGCGUUGCUCACCUGUCACGUUCCACACUUCCGAGCCAAACUGCAAAACAAACCGGAAAAGUCUCCAUCGGAUGUGUACAGUGAACACAGAAUCUGAUCUUGAACACUGUUUUGUCUCUGAGAUUAAAGUUAGGGUCAGGAUACAUUUACAGUGGACUUAAAUGUGAACUUGAUGCUGGGCUCUGCCGCUGCAGCACGGCACAAGACUCCGGCAACCACUCUGAAGCAGUUCAACUCUCAUGCAAAGUGUGCUCCAUAAAUAAACCACUUCUACUGCUUUUAUUACUUACCCAGGGAACCAUCAUUUCUCUCCUCGUCUCUUCUCUCUCCCAGUCCUUCCAUCUCCGUUCCGUUCCCCAAACCUUUCCAUUCUGCUCUUUUGUUUUUUCUAUCUUCUCCCUGAUUUACAUCCCCAAACCCAGUCCCCUCUCUAUUUAUGUCCCUCUGUCCUCUUAGUCUGCACCUCCUCCUUCCCUCCCCAUUCACAAACUCACAGAAACCCACCCUAACUCAUACUAGCAGUCUUUGGUGGAGAAAGACGACAAUCCCUGCAGGAAUAUGUCCACAUGUGGAAUGUAAAAAAUACUGAAACUGUACGAUUAAAGACACGGUGUGAAGUCCCACACUCAUGUUGUUUUUGAUGUUGUUUGAUGUUGCUUUCGUUGUGCACCAAGUGUUCGUUGUUCUGCUUAUACUUGGGCGGAUGAGUUUGCAGGUGAGGUUAAAACCCCAAUCAUGUGACAGACAACUACUGACUAGUCCUUUUGUCUUUUUUUUCUUUUUCUUUUUUUUACAUAUAGUAUGGUUAUAAAAGACUUGUGGUGUGAGGACUAACAACCCUGAGCAAGCUAAAGCAAGACAUACGGUGACUUUUUUGGAUGAGGAAAAGCUGUUUCUAAUGAUUAUUCUUUGAUGUUGUUAUUAAUUUGCAUCUGAUUUUCUUGGUAGGUGAAUGUUUGUCUAUCUGUGCUGAUGCUUUGCUGUGAGAAAAUGGCUGUGUAUGCACUUUCAGACCAUCGUUGGUGCAGUGGUAGCUAGUGCUCAAACGUCACCCAAGGGUCAGAGUUCAGUUCACCUUCAGUUCAGCUAAUUGAAAAAUAAGAUCCGUAAAAUGGUCUGCUGCUCAUUUCUGGGAUAUGUAACCACAUAUAGCAUUUAAACAUAAAGUUGCCUUAUUGUGGUGUUAAAAUCUAUAAUGAAAAGUGUUACAUAUUCAUAGAUACAACAGGAAAGUAAUAUUUAGGAACAGGCCCAUUAGUCCCAUUACAAGUUCCUGCCAAGAGUUUUGGCACUUGAGCUGGCUUCGCAGUGUGUGUGUGUGUGCUAACACUGUAAUAUACGUAACCUUAUUACACCUGACUUGCAUUAUUCUGACUAUAACUUUUUAGUGACAUAAACUUUACACGGGCUUGCCAUGAUUUUUCAAAUAAUUACCAACUAAUAAUCAAGAUCUGAAGCCUACAUUUGGAUUUUCCCGCUUUUUUCGUCAGUUACCACCACCGCUGCCUGUUACGGGCUGGGAUUCUGGGCACAUACGCGAGUGCAUCCCCCCUUUUGAGCCUUAGAUUCAUCCUAAUUGAGCGAUGGUUAUCAUAACUUCCUCCAAAACACCAGUUUCUUUUUAAUCUAGCUUCUGGUUGCCGUUUGAGGACCCGCUAACUAGCUGAUAUCUCGACAACUUGUAUGUAAUACGUAAAGAAAACAAAUGACACUCACUGUCAUGAGGAGUUUGCUGUCUCGUCAGACGUAGGAUGCACUGCGUUUGGUAUUAGAUCAGGUGUUACUGAAUUAGGAGCUGAAUGUUUUCUUGUAUCUGUUCUCACAUUCGAGUAAUUAGCCUUUCAAAAACCAAGAUUUCUACACACAAUUUACAAACACUCACACGUGUUGAAGGUAUUCUAGGUCUGAUAGACAGUUUCCUCUUCACGCCUGCGCGCUCAUAAAUCCACAGCUAACAGCUAACUGGGUUUUCUUUAACUUUCGGCAUUGUGAUUAGCUCUGACUGAAUUAGUAACUAAAUAACUGAUUAGGACCUGAAUGUUACGUUCACACAUUCGAGCAAUUAGUAUUUCUACAAACAGGAUCAGGAACUCUCUACUUGUUAAAGAUGUUUUAGCUGUGAAAGACAACAUGUUGUAUCCUUUCAGUAGAAAGCCAACAGCAAAGUUUCUUCAACUUCUCAUAUUCACAGUUUUAAGGUAACGCUAGUCACCCAGAGGACAAGCCAACAUACUGUCUCCCAAACCUUUAGCAUGUACGUAUGUUAGCAUUGCUUAGAUCUAACACCUGUUUAAAUAUCUGUUCCCAUCCCAUAAUUUUUUUUCCUACAGUUCAUUUGCAAGGGAAUUUUUAAAUAAAAUAUCAAUCUAAGGUGAGAAAAAAAUUAAAACAUCUCCUCCUCUUCCUCCAAAAAAGUCAGACUAUCCUCCCUUCAGCAAAAAAAAGAUUACAUAAACCUCCCCCUUC